AUGGUAACAUGUGACAUGCCUGUCUGUUGUAUCAACUGGGAAGAGGCUAGAGGGGGGGGGCGUGGACUCGAAAAUAUCCCAUUUUUACAGGCUCCGGUUGAACGUUGCCCUACUGGGCGUCGCGUGCCCGAGCAGAAGCGAAAUCGGAAUAGGCCAAGUGGAGUCCGUGUUCUGGGGGGCGGUCGCAUUUACAGCCAGGACGCCGAGGAGCCGGGGGCCGGGGGCGAAGAGAAAGCGCCGAGUUGCCAGCUCAGCUUCACAGCUCAUCGUAGACGGGCCCUUCGGAGUCCGGCCUGCACACGUCGUGCUCGACGCGGGUGUACAUUGUGGCCGGUUGUCGUUGGGGCGUGUGGUCCGAGGGCGGAGUGCGCAAGGCCGAGCUGA